UACUAAGCCAUUUUUUCGCCUCUCGUUUCUUAAAUUUUUCGAAAAAUUUCCCACUUUCGAGACAGAGAGAAAGAGAGUCGCCGGCGUUGAAAUUUGGAGAAAGAAGCCUGUCUACCUUUCCCUUCUUCAUCACAACCAACCCUUUCCCCCUUCCGACGUUCCCUUCCAUCCAAGGGUAUCCCAACAGAGACAAUAAUGGGCAAGAAGGACAAGAGCAUCAAGCCAGAGGCCGCUGCGGCCGCUGCGCCCGUCGUCAACGGAAAGGCGAGCAAGAAGGAGAAGAAGGAGGCGGCCAAGGUCGUCCCCGAGCCCGCCCCGGCAGCCGCUGCCAAGGAGGCCACAAAGUCAAAGAAGGACAAAAAGAAGAGCAAGAAGGAGCCCACGCCCCCGCCUGUCGUCGAGUCUGAGUCGGAGAGCAGCAGCAGCGAAGAGGAGGAGGACGACGACAGCGAGAGCGAGAGCGAGAGCAGCGACGAGGAGCCCUCCAAGGCCGACGUUGUCAAGCCCGCUGCCGCUGCCGCCAAGGCAACCAAGGAGGACUCGGACGACUCGGACGACUCCAGCGACGAGGACUCGGAUGACUCUGAGGACUCGGACGAGGAGGAGGAGAGCAAGCCGGCCGCUGCUGCCGCUGUCAACGGCAACGGCAAGCCUGCCGUCAACGGCCACGCCAAGAAGGCCGAUGCCGAGGCGUCUUCGAGCGACGACUCGGAUGACUCUGACGAGGAGGAGGACUCUGACGACUCUGACGAUGACUCGGACGACGACGAAGAGAUGAAGCCCGCUGCGUCGACCGCCGACAGCAAGAAGCGCAAGGCUGACGAUGCGGCCGAGGAGCCGGCCAAGAAGGUGGCCAAGGCUGCCGCUGGCGAGGAAGAGGACGACGAGGAGGCGCCCAAGCAGCUCUGGGUCGGCCAGCUCAGCUGGAACGUCGACAACGACUGGCUCAAGCAGGAGUUCUCGGAGCUCGGAGAGGUGACCGGUGCUCGUGUCAUGACGGACCGCGAGUCGGGACGGAGCAGAGGCUUCGGAUACGUCGACUUCGCGACGAGCGCAGAUGCCAAGGCAGCCCUCGAGGCGGCACAGGGCAUGGUCAUCGACGGCCGCAACAUCAAGGUGGACCUCCAGAAGCCCCGGCCGCCGCAGGAGCAGGCGCAGAGCCGGGCAAAGAAGUUCAACGACCAGCGCUCGGCCCCCUCGCCGGUCCUCUUCGUUGGUGGCCUCGCCUGGAGCCUGUCCGAGGACGACAUCUGGGCUGCCUUUGGCGAGCACGGCGAGGUGAGCCGCGUCACGCUGCCCAAGGACCCCGAGUCGGACCGGCCAAAGGGCUUUGGCUACGUCGAGUACGCGAGCCAGGAGAGCGCCGACAAGGCCAUUGAAGCCCUCUCGGGCGCCGAGCUCGGUGGUCGCGCCAUCCGGCUCGACUACGCCCCGCCCAAGAACAACGACGGCAGCGGCGGUGGUGGCGGCGGACGCGGUGGCUUCGGCGGCGGUCGUGGCGGUGGCCGCGGAGGUGGCCGUGGCGGCGGCUUUGGCGGUGGACGAGGCGGUGGCCGAGGUGGUGGCGGCGGUGGCAGCUUCCGAGGCACGCCCAGCGGCAACGGCUGGGGCGCCCGGGGCGGCGGUCGCGGCGGUGGACGCGGUGGUGCCCGGACAGGCGCCGUUCAGCCUCCGGCCGGCAAGAAGAUGACCUUCGACGACUAAUUUUUGCCAUUGUUCUUCACACACACUACCAAAAGGACGUUUUCCGUUCACCCAUCGCACACGCACACACACACUCUGUAGUAGUUUCAGUAGUCGUGCCUACGCCUUCUUCCUUAUUCUCAUCAUGUUCAUUUUUUGUUCGUUAUCGUAUUACUUGCGGCUUGGUUCUCUCCA